AUGCCUCAAUUGCCGGAACCUACCCCAGGAACUUCGAAGGAGUUCCUCAGCCCCAUUUUGCCGGUUCAGGACAAUUUUACACCAGUUACUUAUGCACAGGCCGUGUCAUCGACAUCCCUUGACAAGAACCAUAUUGACAGUGGGGGAAAAAGAUCUGUUCAAAAUAAAUACAUAACUAAGAAAAAUAUCAAGAAGAAAAAAAUUCAAGAACCUAGUUUAGAAGAAUAUUUACAUGAUGAAAAUAUGUCGACAGAGAUUGAAAGUAGUGUGUGUGAUCAACCAGUGCCUGAACAAAAGAAAAAGAAAGGUCGUAGUGUAUUCCUUUUCAAUCCCACACCCGCUAAUUUAAAUAAACUGCAGGAAAAAACUCGCAAGUCGCAAAAACUAAUUAGAAAUGCUAAAAGUAAAAGAUGGUGGGAAUUUUGUUCGUCCUUGAAUGAAAUAUCUUCAGCUUCUGAAAUGUGGAGAAGAAUGCAAUGGUUAAAAGAUUAUAGAUCAGCUAAAAGACAAAUUGAUAAAUGUAUCGCUGAGUCAUUACUGUGCAGCUUAACCCCUGACUAUGUAAGUCAAUCCUACCCGGGGUACACAUCUCAUAAUCUCAAAUUGGAAACUGAAAUAUCUAGGUCAGAGCUUUUUAAAUGUUUAAAAUCUAAAGACACGUGCCCGGGCGUAGAUGAUAUUUCUUAUUCAAUGUUUUUAAUCUUCCUGUAG